AUGGCAUUGCACGGCGACAAUGCAGACCUCAGGGAGUUGUUGCGAGAUCCGCAGGUGGAUGUGGCCUUGAAGCGAGCAUUGGGACGAGUACUUCAGGCAACUUCGAGCAUCAUGCACCGCAGCCAGAUCCGGUUGCGUGGUCAUGCGGCUGGGGGCAUUAUGGUUCUGCGCAUCUGUUCGUCACGCCCAACAUCGCAGAUAUGCGCUCGUCCUUGCGACUUCAAUUGCACUUGCAGAAUGCAAAAGUGGAAGAGUGCAAAAUUGAUUUGGACAGGGGGGGAGGCGGAGAUGCCCAAAUUGCCCAGCGCAGAGGUGUUGGGCAUUCUUCCACCUUUGGCCAAGGGAAGUUUUCGUGUGGGGGUGGCAGCAACCUUCGAGGAUGGCAUUGCGAGUUCUCUGCAGGGAGGUGGUUUCGGUGAUAUUGUGGCGUUGAAUGGCCCGUUGGAGACUCAGGGUCGUGGUUCGCCUCCAAAACACGACGACUCCACCGCUGCAACUCAACGACCAACUCACCAUGCUGCACCCGAUGCAUCAGUUUCCGCAAGCGAUCUCCCAAGUCGUGUCCCAGCAAUAUAA